UGUGUGUGUGUGUGUGUGUUGUGUGUGUAUGUGUUAGGCUCUGCACCUCAGGGUGGGAGCAGAGGGAAGGUGACACAUCCUGCCUCCCCAGCAUAUAAAUGCAGGAGCCUUCUCGCCUGAAGUGCUGCCGGCACUAAGGCAUGACAGUUUGGUCCAUUUCUUCCCCCGCAUGUUCAACCUCUCCCAAGGUCACAGCUCUCCAGCAGCAUCAGAUCUUUACUAAAGCACCGCUCCGCUCAUCUGUCGCUUACCACUCCGACUGGACAUGGCGACCCGAUGGGGACUCUGUGGCGCCGGGAAGAUCAGCCAUGACUUCAGCGUGGCCAUGAGGACUCUGCCUCCCGGGGAUCACCAGAUUGCAGUCAUUGCGUCAAGGAGCUUGGAGCGUGCCAAAGAGUUUGCCGGGAAGCACGGUAUUCCCAAGGCUUACGGCGGCUAUGAGGAGCUGGCCAGCGACCCAGAUGUCGACGUUGUGUACCUGGGAGUGUUGCACACGGAGCACUGGCGAGUUGGACUGCUGUUCCUCAACGCGGGAAAGAACGUGCUGUGUGAGAAACCUUUCGCCAUGAACUCCAGACAGGUGAAAGAGCUCGCCGCCGCCGCCAAGAAGAACGAGGUCUUCCUGAUGGAGGCCAUCUGGUCCCGCUGUUUUCCCGUGCACGCUGAGGUGCGCAGGCUGCUGGCGGAGGAGGCAGUAGGGGAGGUGAAGCUGGUGAGGGCCUGCUUCGGCUCCCCCCAGCUGCACAUCCCCCGCUCGGUGGAGAAAGAGCUGGGCGGAGGGGCGCUGCUCGACAUCGGAGUGUACUGCCUGCAGUUCGUCCUGAUGGUGUUUGGCGGAGAGAGGCCAGAGUCCAUCCAAGCCACGGGGGUGCUGCUCGACUCAGGAGUGGAUGAAUCGGUGGUGGUGGUGAUGAAGUUCUCCAGGAAGAGGAUGGCCCUCUGCUCCUUCUCAAUCGCCGCCCGACUCCCGAACGACGCUGUCAUCAGCGGCACCAAGGGCUCCAUCACCGUUCUCGGCCCCAUGCACUGCCCGACCACACUGGUUGUGAACGACAGGCAGACGGAGUACCCUCUGCCCGAGCCCAGCCUCCCGCUGAAUUUCACCAACAGCACCGGGCUUCGCUAUGAGGCAGACGAAGUGAGGCAGUGCCUGCUUCAGGGCCUUCUGGAGAGCCCUCGGAUGCCCCUGGCUGAGUCGGUCUUACUGACGGAGAUCAUGGAUGAAAUCCGGAAGCAGGUGGGAGUCGUCUUCGGCCAGGACAGCCAGUGACAUCGCUCCGAAGCCAUGCUUCCCCUGUUCGACUCAGGUGGAACAGGGGGAGCUGCUGGGGGCGGGGCGUCGGAUCUUUGGCACAGGCAGAUCCCACACGGCACCGCGUGACACCGCCGGCAGCGCACGCAUGUGUCACUGACGCUGACACUUUCAGAUGUCACCGAAUAUUAAAGACACAACUAGUAAAUUUUCUGUCACAUGUACAUGUUGAAUGCAUUCACCGCUGUAUAGAGAGUUUGUCCUCCAUAUAUUCAUGUUGGCACCUAGACACACCAUUUGACCCCUCAGAGGCACAACGUAGACACCUCUUAGAUGCCUAAAAAAAAUACUUCACGUGGAGUUUUCUCUUACACUGAUUACACGGGUUUCUAAUAAUCCGGUUGAAAACCAAACAAAUCACGGUGUACACAGAACCUAUGCGACCACGCUGUGUGUCGACAUCCUGUAAUCAAGUCCCUUAAAAGACAAACCCAGCUGUCACCGCGAGGUGUGAUUGAUGAAUCCAAUAAAGGCCUGAUUGUGAGAGCCCUGUUUCAUCCCUUACAUGAUCCGCCGGAGAGGAGACGAAGAGACGUCGAGUGGCACAUUUGAAUCAAAGUGUCCCGUCGUGUCCGACCCUUGCAGCGGUGCACAAAUAGAUUCACGUGUGUAGUCCGAAAAUAGGCUGCACUGUCUGCUCCUCAAAGUUGGGACGGAGGAAGGCCUCUAUGAGUCAGCAGAGAGCACGGCUCAUUUGAUACUUGUUCUCAACCUUUUGGGGCUCACUGAGCUUCUAUAAACCUGGAGGCUGUCUCAUUUAUGCACCUGAAUACAAAGUACCUCCAAAAAUUGUUAUAAACAUUAACAUACUCAUUUAUUUCUGUACAUAUCUUGCUUUUUUUCUGAGCCACAACUGAUUAUAUUCACGGUAUGUAGUUAGAUACAUGCAUCGUGCAUUGUUCAGCCAUGGAAAUAUCAGCCCUGAUAAAACGGCAACGUGCACAUUCAGUUCUUAACAGCAGCAAAGGGGCUAUUUUGUCGAUGACCUUGUGACCUUAAACCACUCUUGGUGAUUACAAAAUAAAAAGAUAAUAAAAAACAA